AUGAACAAUUCGACAUGCCCUGAAGGAGAACUCGAACCGUCAUUUUGGGAUCGACCUGACCAGUAUCACUACUUUCAUGACCUGAACGUUGCACUCUCGUCCUCUGUCCCUGCGCCUACGGCAUUUUCGACCGCCAGCAGUAUAUCUUCAGCGCCUAGUGACACGUCUAGGAUCACAGCUGCCGCUAGUCCCAGUGGUACCUCUAGUGCGGUCAUUGGAGGUGCUGUAGGAGGCUCACUCGCUUUCUCAAUUAUCAUUGCAGCAAUUAUAUCCUUUUUGUGGCGUCGGCGGCGUAACCAAAAGAAAAAGAGUACCGAGACAGAGGCGGCAAACACCUUGGUGAUACCAAAGGCAGAACUAGCAUCGCCCACUACACCUUCAGGUUUCUCACCACCUCCGACAUAUUCUUGGGACCAUUCCGGCCAAAACUCGCAACAGAAAUGGCCACAUUACCACACAGGCCGUCAGGAACUGGGAGGAGACACGACAAGAGCUGAGCUUGACUCGCCAUCUGCCAACAAGCCUGCUGAGCUUCCUGGAAGUCCAGAGGCGCGGGAACUUGAGUCACCACAGAACACUCCAGACGUAGCACAGCGGGCAUUCGCUCACGACACGUCGAAGCAGCAAGCACAUGGUCUGGGUGUCAGUGUUGCUGAAACUGCACGGUUGAAUGCGCGAACGUAG